AUGCCCGCAGUACCCCAAGACCACUAUGUCUGGACUGUCGUGGUCCGAGGAAGAGAUCGCUCUCUGACUAUCCCAAGGCCGGCGCAUAUUACAGAUCUGAUCUCAAACGGUCCCGCGAGCAGCGCGAAAGCGGCUGAGCUCAGGGCUCUGGUCAAGGCAACCGCUGGAUGCACCAUCGUCUACGACUUCUCUCCACCGAUAGGCCAUGGCUUCGUGUACGAUGAGAACUCGCUUUUCUCGAACUACCACAUGGCCAAUACUGUUGAGACAAACCCACUUCAAGAGUAUGUCGACUUGGACGCGCUCGCUUGGGUACAGCUGAAGCGCCAUCGCAGGUCUGGAGAGUCCUUGAGAGCGGAGGUCGUAGAUGUCUCCGAGUCGCAGGUGGAUGAGGGCGCCGAGUUUCCUUUCACAUCUGCGGACGAGAACUCCAGUGACGAUGAGUAA